CACGUCCCUUCGGCGGCACCCCAACAUACUAAUACCAUGUGUGCGUCGCCCCCAAGGGGCCUCGUGCGCACAGAGAAAUCUUAGAGUAGAUUCGUCGUGGCGGGCUCCAGCGCCUCGAGCCAUGCCAGGGUGCAUCGACGACAUCCUACUUAUCGCCUGCAUAGGCGGCGGGGGCGCCUAUGAGGCAGCUAGGCAGCAAGAUCGUUCACGUCGGGCACGUCUGAAGCUGGUGAACAGGCUAGCGAUCGACAACAGGCUGAGCAUUAGAAUCGGUGGGAACGUGGCGUUCACGGGCAACACGAGCAGCCAAUUGCCUCCUGGCGCCGACUCUAACGCGGUGGCUGCCCUGAGGGAGGUGGAGGAGUACGUGUCGGCGUAUAGGCCGCCCGCCCUUUCACUCCUCGACCCCACUGGGUGCGCCCCAAGUCGAAGAACUGGGCCCCUGGCGAGUCGGCGGAAGUGCGAGCGGCGGCGACGCCCAGAAGGACGAGGCGGAGCCGCUGCUCUUCGACGAGCUGAAGCGGUGGCUGCUCCUCGCCGCCUCCGGGGCGGCCAGCGUGGAGGACGUGGCCGCCCGGCUCGAGUUCUAUCGGCAGCUCCUGAUGGUGCCGGAGGUCCUGUCGGAGGCCGCCUUCCGGCGGACCGUGGCAGGGGUCUGCCGGCACCUGGACGCGCUCCUGGAGCGCCGCUGCGGCGCGCUGCGCACCUGCGCCUCGCAGAUGGGGCUGCUCCAGGAGGCGGGGCGGGACCUGCUGAACGCCCUGCUGCCCGUGCUGCUCUUCGCCGUCACGGACGUCUUCGACGCCCAGCGUUAACCCAGCGGUUCUGCCACAUCACCGCGGAGCGCCUGCGCGCGUCCGCCGCGCGCUCCCUGGGCGCCGCGGCGGCGGCCGGGCCGGCGGCCGCGGCAGGGGCCCCCGACGGCUUGGCGCGCCUGUGGGAGGCCGACGCGGGGCGCCUGCUGCGCGGGCUGCUGCUGUCCGAGCACUGCCGCGAGUUCUGCGCGGGCGGGGCGGCCGGUGCCGUCGCGCUGCCGCUCGGCCAGACCUUCCCGGACGUGCAGGUAGAGCUGUUUCACGACUGGAUGGACAGGGCGGAUCAGGGCAGGAGCCUGCAGCGCAGUGGCCUGCACGUGCGGUUCCAGAGGGACACGGACAUGCAGCAAAGGUACAUCGACCUCUGUAAGGGCGUUGACAGCUACAUCAAGUUUCUGUCGUUGGUCGGUCACUUCAAGAGGCUCGCGAACAUCGAUGGAGACGCUGGCAUGUACAGCGUGAGGGAUGCGCUGCACCACCUGCUGCAGGAGAUCGAAACCGUCGCGAUGACGAUAGCCCAGUCGGCCGCGAACAUCAUGGAGGAUGUAAAGAAGCAGGUCACGGACUUGUGCCUGCGGCACGGUGGCGGAUCCAGGGGCAGUGACGACCAUGCGCGCUGGAUCGAGAGGCUGACGAUGAUCGACGAGCUUGAGCAGCGCGUCAGCCUGCAGCGCCUGCUGACGCUGGUCCAGGAGCUGCGACACCGCAGCUCCGAGGCCCGCCUCCCCUCGCUGCGGAGCAGUGCCAGGCGCAACCUCGAGCAGAUCUUGAGCGACUCCGCCUCCGAGGGCUUCCGCGCGCGCUGCGCGGAGGAGCCCCCCGCGCUCGCCGGCGGCGGCCUCGACUGCCUGCGGGCCGGCGCCCCGGUCGUGCAGGACGGGGCGCCCGCGCCGGCGUGGUCGGUGGAGUGGCACUUCCGGUUCCAGGCCUCCGAGGUCCCGAUGGAGCUGCAGGAGUCACUCGGCAGGGCGGCGGAGCCGCCGGAGGCAGCAGGGAGCGCGGGCGCGGCGGGCCCGGAGGCCUCGAGCGCGAGGCUGGGGAACACGGUGGAGAAGCUGAACUCUGGUGCCAUCCAGGGCCGGGUGCCAAUGUUCACGCUCUGA